AUGUCCACUCCUGAAGUCCAGGAGAAGAUGGGAGAUAAAGUGGUGACUCCGACGGACUGCGGAGAAGCCAAAAUAACGUAUUCUAUCAAAGAUACAGUGGAUGUCACGAUAACAGAUGGAGCUCAAGAAAACACGGAAAAUGACGAAAAACUGCCACUUCAGGAAAGAAGUGAACAACAUCCAUGGCCACGGAUGACCAAGAAGUUCCUGAGAGACCAUUGUAAAAAGAACGAACUUUACAUAACACCUGGCCUGAAUGACACACUGUACCUGCAUUUCAAAGGCUUCUCCGCCAUUGAGAACCUGGAGGAGUACACAGGACUGAAGUGUCUUUGGCUGGAGAGCAAUGGGCUCCAACGCAUUGAGAACCUGGAUGCCCAGACUGACCUGCGCUGCUUGUUCCUUCACGAGAACAUCAUAUACAAGCUGGAAAACCUUGAACCUCUGACAAAGCUCUGCACCCUGAAUGUCUCCAACAACUUCAUAGGCAUCAUAGAGAACAUCUCCUGCCUUCCUGAGCUGAGCACUCUGCAGAUCGCACAUAACAAGCUGGAGACUGUGAGGGAUGUAGAGCAUCUGAGGCAGUGUCUGAAAAUCAGUGUGCUGGACAUGUCUUACAAUCUGUUACAUGACCCUGAGAUCCUCCUGGUACUUGAAGCAAUGCCAGACCUGCGAUUGCUAAAUCUAAUAGGAAAUGAGGUGGUCAAAAAAAUCCCAAACUACAGGAAGACCAUGAUUGUGCGUCUCAAGCUGCUCACCUUCCUUGACGAUCGCCCUGUGUUCCCCAAAGACAGGGCAUGUGCAGAGGCGUGGGCAGUGGGAGGGCUGGAAGCGGAGAGUAAAGAGAGGGAGCAAUGGGAAACACGAGAGAGGAGGACAAUUCAGGACAGCUUGGAUGCGCUGACUGAGAUUCGAAAUAAAGCCCAGGAGAGAAAACGCCUGCGAGAGCUACAGGAGAAAGGGGCGACCGAGGCUUCCACCACUCCAGAGACUCCAUGUGAGGAAAAUGACAGCCAGAUUCUGACUUCAUCAACAGGAGAGAUGAUCCAAGACUUCGUGCAGGACUGCCUGGAUGUUCAUGAAGAGUUCCUGCAGAGCAAAUCAACACAUGGGCCCAAUGAACAUCUAGAAGCAGAGCAGCCAGGUUUACAGAGGGAGGAGUUAGAGAAAGAUGACAAGGAGGAAUCACAGAUGAAGCAGUCUGUGACAGAAGAGAAAGAGGGGGAGAAUCCAGAGCACUCAGCACAAGAGCCAGAAAGUGUUGUGGGAAAGAUGCUAGCGACAGGAGACGUAAGAGACGACCAACAACAACAAACACAGUCAUGUGGAGUCCAGUUUAUGAGUAAUGAAGAGGAGAGAGAGCAGACAAACAUGAGAGAGCCUUCUCUGGUCGGGGCAACUCCUCCUGACGCAGGUGAGGUUGUACCGACUCAUGGUCCCGGACCCCUGGUUACAGAGCUGGAGGAUGAUGACCAGCUGGAAACCAUUCAGCUUCCACUACAUCGCACACUGUGUAUCGAUGACCUGCCUGAUCUGGAGGAUAUGGACACAGUCGACUUCACAGCAAUGUUCUCUUCUCAGCAAGUUUUCAAACCUACAAUAGAGGUCAUAUCAGGAGGCAGUGAUGAGGAUGAACCAAUCAGGAUUGAGAGGGAGGGCCUCCCCACCUUUGCUUGGGAUGUAAACUCAAUGUUCUCAAUGAGCAGCUGCAACAAAUCAACUGGGGUCUCCAACACCUCUUCUGCAUUGGUGUAUCCAGAAGAUGGGGAUACCCUCGAGCCACUGCCGAAGUCCAAACCCGUCCAAAGCUCUUCUCCACCACGCCGCCUGAUCGAGGAGCUGGAGUGAUGCGUUCAGCGUUUAGAGCGUUGUUCAGGGUAACUGGUCUCACAGCGCUACGGAUUAAAUGUCUCAAUGCUAACAGGCAGACCGUGCGAGACCAUGAAAAGCCCAAACAGGGCACUGCUUUCAUUUUUAAAAUAAAUAUUUAGCUGUUAUAUUGAAAUGUAUUUCAUUGUUUAGAAUAUUGUGUUAAGAAUGUUAAUUGUUAUUUGUAACACUGUGAAAACAGAAUAAAUCGUACAUGAUCCGUUCAGUUUCCUUUAGUGGCAACAGCAGAUUUAUACCUUCAUAUUAGGGUGACACAGAGGUUAAUCACUUCAUUUAAUUUCUUUUUAACACUUGCUAAACUGACUUUAGAUGCACCUAAAGACAAAACCCAAAGGAAUAUUUAUUUAGGAAAA